AAACAUGUCUGGUAUUGAUCGAUCAGAUCAAAUGCUCUCGUAUUAUUCUGGAUUGAGGAAAACAAUCAGAUGGUACAAAAAGGUCGGCGUCGUGCCGCACCGCAAGAAACUGCGUUUUCAAUGUGAAUUUAGCUUUAGGUAAAUAUAAAACAUGGCAUCAAGGAAGAGAUCGCUGAGAGAUGAAGAGCCAAUACCUAAGAAGCGAAAAGUAACUGCAGAAGAAGUAUCACAAGAAGAUGCGUCCUUGCUACCAGAUUUUGAAGUUGAGGGUGAGGCUGAAGUUGGUAUUGUGGAAAAAAUUUCUCUUACCAAUUUCAUGUGCCAUAAAAAGCUAGAAGUUUCUCCUGGUGCAAAUGUUAACUUCAUUAUUGGAAGAAAUGGAAGUGGAAAGAGUGCCAUAUUGACAGGUUUAAUUGUUGGACUUGGAGGCAAAGCAAAUAUGACAAGUCGUGGAAAUUCGCUAAAAGGAUUUAUCAAGGAAGGAUGCCAGUACUGCUCAGUGGUAAUAAAAUUACGAAAUAAAGGUCCUGAUGCUUAUAAUCCAAAGGCCUAUGGUGAAGCAAUAACUGUUGAGAGAAGAAUAACUUCUGAUGGUAGUGGCAGCUACAAAAUUAAGUCAGCAGAGGAUAAAGUUAUAUCGACAAAGAGAGAUGAAUUGGUGACUAUACUGGAACAAUUUAACAUACAGAUCAAUAACCCUGUGUCUAUCUUAACACAAGAUACAGCCCGAUCAUUCCUUAAUACAUCUGACCCAAAAGACAAAUAUACUUUUUUCUUAAAAGCAACACAACUGGAAAACCUAAGUACAAAUUAUCAGAAAACAAUGGAAGAAAAAAUGUUGCACGAAGGUAUUAUUAAAAAAAAGAAACAGGCUCUGACUGAUUUACAUCAGGAGGUCAAAAUUCACAAAGAGAAAUACAAAGACAUGCAGCAACUAGAAGAUAUGAAAGAAAAAAUUAAGUCAUUGCAAAAGGAAUGGGCGUGGUCAACAGUACAAGAAAAAAAAGAUGAGGUAAAGAAAAGGGAAGAAAUUAAAAAUCGGUAUACACAGAAAAUACCAAACUAUGAAAAACAUGUUAACGACAUGUUAAAAAAAGAAGAAGAGAUACAAAAGUUAUAUUCGGAGAAGUCAAAUGAACUAAUGUCCUAUACUGAGGACAUAAACGCUUUAUUAAAUGAAAAAAACAAAUUGCAAUAUGCCCACAAACAGAAAAAACAGGAUCAAAAAAAAGCCUCUAAUAAAUGUAUAAUGACAGAGAGAGAUAUUCGACGUGCAAAAGAUGACAUAAAAUUAAUUUCAAAUAGAAUUGAAGAAAUUAGAAGCAGUAUGCAGCAGGAUUUGGAAGCUGAGCGACAAGAGCGUGAACAGGAUAUUGAAAGAAAAAAAGCUGAACUUCGGGAAUAUGAAUCAAACUUAUCAAAAGACAAUCAUUCGAAGCAACAAUUAGAAUAUGAGAUAAAGAAACACAGAGAUCAGAAGUAUGCUAUGAGUAAAGAUAUUCAAGAUGUCAAAAGAAUAGUUGAAAACAAGCAAAAGAAUCUUUUAGAACUUAAAAACAAUAAGAGAAAUAAAUUAUACCUGUUUGGACAUUCAACAGAAGCAAUUUUAAAAGCUAUUGCAGCAGCUCACAAAGAAGGGAAAUUUCAUCAAAAACCUAUUGGUCCACUAGGAUCACUGAUAAAAUUAAAAGAUUUAAAGUGGGCAAUAGCUGUUGAGGAAUGUAUUAAAAAACCUGUAAUGAUGUCAUAUGCUUGUCACGAUGGUCAUGAUAUGAAGAUACUGAAAGAAAUCUUUAACAGAAUUUCACCUAGAAAACAACCUCAGAUUAUCGUCAGCUCAUUUCAAGACCAUUUUUAUGAUGUAUCACGAAAUAGGCCACAUUCUCGCCACCCUGUUGUUCUGGACAUUUUGGAUAUUGAAAAUCCCAUUGUAUUUAACUCAUUAGUUGACCAGUGUGGAAUCGAGUCUGUGUUAUUGAUAGAAGAUUCUAAAGAAGCGCAGAGAGUAAUGUGGGAUGAAAAACCUCAAAAAGCCUCUAAGGCCUUCUCAAUUAAAGGUCAUCAAAUUAUAGGUGGUAGAUCGUCCAAGUAUUAUCCGUGCAAUAAAGAACGUGCAGAGUUUCUCCAAGGAGAUGUGGCUGGUGUUAUGAGACAAGUUGAAGGAGAGUUGUUGCAGGCACGCCGUGAUUUGAAAAGGUUAAACGAAGAAACCCAAGCUAUUGAUGUUAGCAUCAGACAAAAGAAUAGUGAAUUGGAUCGGUCAAGAAAAGCAUGUUACAGCCACCAAGACAAAAUUAACAAUGUGACGGAGGAGAUAAGAGAACUUGAGUCAUUUGAAGAAGAACAAUUACCAGAUGUCGGAACACUGAUAACAGACCUGAAAGAUUGUGAAGAGAAGCGUAAUACACUUGAACAAAACCUUGUUGAAGAUAAAGUAGUAUUGAAAGAGAGAUCAGAAGAAGUUACAGUGCACCAAGAAGAAUUAAGAAAAUGCAAUGUGAAAUGUGAAGAGGCUAGCGAAAGACUCGAAACUCUGAAAAGCGAAAAUGAUCAGCUGGCCGAAGAACUGACGAAAGUAAAAGGCAAUAAGAAGCAUUAUGCAGACAAAUUCAAAGAAUUGAUGAUAGCUGUAAAGAGAGCCACUGAUGCGUAUGAAGAAAUUAAAGCUGAAUAUGAAAAAACUCGUUCACAAGCGCUGGAAUAUUGUGAAGAAGUGGCGACGAGGAGAACAACUCAAAGUUUGGAGAGCGAAAUUGAAAAAACAGAAAAGAGAAUCCAACGUGAAGAAGUCAGGCGUGGCAACUCAGACGAAGUUCGUGAGAAUUAUCACAAUAUACUAAGAAAGUAUGAAAAAAUAAAAGGAGACAUCAAGAAUAAUGAAAAAUUAAUUAAGUUCCUUGACUGCGCGAUUCGUCGCAGGUCACGAAGUUUUGCGAAAUUCCAAAGGCUUCUCACUCUUCGUGCCAGAUACUUCUUUGAAAUGCUUUUGUCGCAACGAGGUUACGUUGGUAAGAUGAAAAUCAACCACGAAGAAGAGACCUUAGUUGUUCAGGUGAACGUUGAAAAUGCAGAAGGAGCUAGUACCAAGGAUUCAAAAGCACUCUCCGGUGGAGAGCGGUCGUUUUCUACAAUUUGUUUUAUCAUGGCAUUGUGGGAUGCGAUGGAAGCACCAUUUCGUUGUCUUGACGAAUUUGACGUGUUUAUGGACAUGGUGAAUCGUCGUAUUUCAAUGGGGAUGCUAAUGAAGAUAGCAAAAGAACAAAGACAUCGUCAAUUUAUACUUCUCACACCACAAGACAUGAGCUCUGUAGCUGGCAGCGAACGUGUGCGGCUGUUCCGAUUAAACGACCCCGAACGUGGACAACAGACGCUCUCCUUCCCGACUGCCUAAUUUAUUUUUAAACACAACAACAUUCCUGAAUACACUCCUUCUCUUUUAUCUUUUACGAUUAUUUUUUUUAUGUAAUAUUGGUUUUUUACCUUAAAAAAGUGCUCUUAUAUUGGUUAUUUUCCUAUACACAAGACAAAGCGAAUAUUUUCCGUGAAAUAAAAGAAAAAUGGUGGCUGCAGUUAUUUUCGUUUAUGUUUUGUAAAUAUUGUUUUAUAAGUUUAGCCCGCCGCCAUUUUCUUGUGUCCCAUACCCCAAUCUAUAUAUGCCCACCCAGUGACCACUCCUAACGAGAUCCCGAGCCUCGCCCACCAUCCUGUCUAAAUAGUGUGAAAUUGUUUUAGUUGUAUAUUUUUUGCAUAACUUUUUUAUCGACAUAAAUGUUUACCUUGUAAAAACGUUACUAAAACUUUA